GCCGAGUCGGCUCAGUAAACCGUUGGCGCACGGUACGGAAGGGUUCCCUGAGUUUUCCGUCUCCACAUCCUGAACCUGUUCGUGAACCCGUGAAGACUGAACCGUCAAGCAAAGCCUCCCACUUGGGAAAGUGCUUGCGCAGGCACGCUGCCGGUGGAAUUGUGUGCUACGGCGUUUGAUUUGAAGAUUUUUAAUUCGAACAAAAGUCUUCUAAAGUGUAUCGGGAUUAUUGUGGUGCGUGUAGUGUAUGUGUGUGAGGGUGUGUUUUGUGAAAUAAUCUCGCAACGGUAGCAGCAAUACAAGAUCUACAAUGUCACGAACGUCCAGCGACACACAGCUGGAUAAGGUGCAAAUCAAGUCCGCCUCAGUUUACAACAUACACGGGUUGAGCGGCUCCCAGCACUCCCUGAGUGUGCCACCGAUUCACAAGGAUGUUGUCGGGUAUCGCGGUAGCAACGAGUUCAUACUGACGGACGACAAACAGUCAACGAUGGAUCAGAUCAAAGCUAUUGGGCCUUGGGCCCGGCGCAAAUGCAAGAACAUGUGCCGCCGUAAGAUCCUCUACAAACGUGUUCCGGUGCUGAACUGGCUGCCAAAGUACAACAUGGAUGAUGCUGUCGGAGACCUGGUGGCUGGUAUUACCGUGGGACUCACUGUCAUCCCGCAGGCCCUCGCUUACAGUAGCAUUGCCGGAUUACCCGCUGCAUACGGUCUUUAUGGUUCCUUCAUCGGUUGCUUCGUGUACAUCCUGCUCGGUUCCUGCAAGGACGUCCCGAUGGGACCCACCGCAAUUGCGUCUCUCUUAACCUUCCAAGCGUGUGACGGCGUAUGGCAGCGUGCCGUUUUGCUCUGCUUCCUGACCGGCCUAAUCGAGCUGCUGAUGGGACUGUUUGGGCUUGGCUUUCUGAUUGACUUUGUGUCCGGACCCGUAAGCUCCGGCUUCACUUCCGCCGUCUCGUUGAUCAUUCUCAGCUCGCAGGUGAAGGAUCUGCUGGGCAUUGCCGCCAAAGGAAACACCUUCAUCGAACAGUGGUCGUCCAUUAUCGAUGACAUACACAACACCCAGGUCGGAGAUGCUCUGAUGGGUUUCAUCUGUAUUGUGGUGCUGCUGCUGAUGAGGCUCCUGCCACGCAUCAAAGUUGGACCUCCGGAUGCUUGUGAUCAGUCCGUCGCUCAGAAGAUCAUCAACAAGUCACUGUGGCUUAUUGGAACGGCUCGUAAUGCGAUCAUUGUGGUGGUUUGCGGUGGCAUCGGUGCUGCAUUCUAUGAGAAUGGAAAGGAACCGUUCCGUAUGAUUGGAGAUGUCCCGAGUGGUCUGCCAAGUGUACAGGCUCCACCGUUCUCUGUUCCGGAGGUAAGGGAUGCCAAUGGAACGAUCGUCCAGGAGUACGAGAGCUUCGGUGAUUUGCUACAAGGUUUGGGAUCGAUGCUUAUUGUCAUCCCGUUGAUUGCUCUGCUGGAAAACAUUGCCAUCUGCAAGGCUUUCGCUGAUGGAAAGCCUGUAGAUGCUACCCAGGAACUGAUCGCGAUUGGAGUAUCCAACAUUGCUAACUCUUUCGUGCAGGGAUACCCCGGAACUGGAGCCCUUUCACGUGGUGCCGUCAACAAUGCCAGUGGUGUACGCACUCCAUUCGGUGGCCUGUACACCGGUCUGCUCGUUAUUCUUGCCCUGCUGUUCUUCACACCUUACUUCUUCUACAUCCCACGUGCUGCACUAGCGGCGAUCAUCAUUGCCGCCGUUAUCUUCAUGAUAGAGGUGCGUGUCGUAAAACCAAUGUGGAGAAGCAAGAAAACGGAUCUGAUCCCUGGAAUUGCGACCUUCAUCGCCUGCCUCGCACUUCCACUGGAGUACGGUAUACUGGUUGGCAUUGGGCUGAACAUUCUCUUCAUCCUGUACCAUGCUGCUCGGCCCAAGAUUCACAUGGACCAGGCCGUCACACCGUGCGGUGUAAAGUAUCUCAUGCUCACGCCCGAUCGCUGCCUCAUCUUCCCCUCGGUCGACUACGUGCGCAACCUUAUCAACAAGCACGGUCUGAAGAGCCAGAUUCCGGUCGUGAUUGACUGUACGCACAUCUACGGUGCGGACUUUACGGCCGCCCAAGUUAUCGACACGCUCAUCAAGGACUUUAAGAGCCGAAACCAACUGCUGCUCUUCCUGAACCUCAAACCCUCCGUUGGUAACGUGUUCGAGGGAGCCGAUCUCGAGUAUCGUGUGUUCUAUGACUUUGAGCAGCUGGACAAGGCUAUUCAAGAGUGUCGCCGAAAGAGUAUCCCUGCUUGAGGGGCGAACGAUCCAGAUAUACCUGGCUACCUAACGCAUAGAGACUUAAAUUAGAAACAAAAGACACAAGUGAUCUGUACAUUUAGGCGAUAAAGACAACCGUUAAGCUAUUCGAACGCACGACGGCGUUCCUUUCUAGUACUUAAUAUGUUCACCACAGUUCCUGUCGAACGUCGUAACGUCGUUUAAUGCGCUACUACACACCCGAUGUCUACUGCACAGUGCGAUAUAGUAACUGUGUGAUUUGAUACGACGAAUUUAAGAGCAGACAUUGUGUCUGCUCGCAAAGACACCCAUAGUUUGUAAGCAUUUGAUAAUCAAAAAGCAGAAAAUAAACCUAUACCAUGUACUUGUAAUGCAAAACGAA